UCUCUAAAUACCCAACGCCACUCUCUCUCUCCUCCCCCUCAGCCCUAUCUUUCGCUCUCUCUUCAUCGAACUUUCUCUCUCAACUCAACUCUCUCUUCUUCUAAAACCGAGUGGAGAAUUUUCGUAUACGAGAAACAAAAAUCAAUCCAGAUCUCUUCUUUCUUUCUUUCAUUCUCGAUUUGAUAUCACAAGUUCGAUUCUCUUUUUCUCUCUCAACCUCUCUCUAUAUCAUAAGUUAACUUCAGAGUUUAGUUUUUUCUCUGAAAUGUCUUUGAAGUGCAGAUUCAUUCCCGAAGAAGCAAAGUCUGAAGAAGGCGAGUGGGAAAAAGAGAGGUGAACACAGAAGUACAUCGUAAAACAUCGAAAUCGGAUUUGUUUGCUGCUGUGUUGUUUUCCUAGGGUUUUUGGGGAUGUCUGCAACAGUUAUGAGCGAUGCGAUGGUGAUCUCUGCGACGACAAAUAAUGAAUCACAAACUGUUGCGACGAAACUCGCAGUUCAAAUCGAAGUUGAGUUCGUGAAAUGCGACUGUUGUGGAUUAACAGAGGAGUGUACGCUCGCGUAUAUCGAUCGAAUUCGCGAGCGAUUUCAGGGGAAAUGGAUCUGCGGACUCUGUGCCGAGGCUGUGAAAGACGAAAUUGUGAGAUCUGAGAGGUUGAUCAGUACUGAAGAAGCUUUAACUCGGCAUAUCAAUUUCUGCAAGAAGUUCAACUCGGCCGGACCACCGCCGAAUCCAACGGUUCAUUUGAUUUCGGCGAUGAGACAGAUUCUCAGGCGAAGUCUGGAUUCUCCGAGGUCGUCGAGGUCGAUGCCUAGUAGUCCGAUGAAUAACGCCGGAGGGAUCGAUCUAACGGAGCUGAGUCGAUCUGAAAGCUGUAUUGCUACUCUGUCUUUGGGAGAUUCAUCACCGUAUCGUAAUAUGGAAGAAGACAAUGAAUGAAUGAAUGAAUCAGAAAAAGAAAGAAGAAGGAAAAAAAAUAAAAAGGAAAUUGUAAGUUUCAUCUCAAAAUGCUAAAAAAAGUGCAAAAAAUAAAUAAAAAUUAAGAUUUUAAAAAAAAAUCUUGGAAGGUUAAUCUACUACUUUAAAAAUGUAGCAUAAACAAUUAUUAUUAGAAACUGGAUUUUAUUGUUUUUUUUUCUACUUCA